AUGGAAAUUGAUUCCGGGGCGGCGAUGUCAAUAAUCUCCGUAGCAACGAAGGACCAAUAUUUUAAAAACGUCAAAUUACAUGAUGCGGAUAUCACACUAAGGAAUCACGACGAAACGCCAUACAUUCCAGUUGGAAUGUUACGACGGGUGAAGGUCGAAGCAAACGGAACUACAAUGUUAGCCGAUGUUUACGUUACAAAGUCAAACGGCCCGGCUAUCAUAGGUAGACCAUGGCUGAAAGCAUUAAAUUUAUGGCCUUUAUUCAAAGAGGUAAAAGUACACGCGAUUGAGUCGAAAUCAACUCCUACGGAAACGUUAAAAACUAUUUUAAAGAAGUACGAAUCAGUUUUCUCGUCCGGGAAAGGGUCAUUUACCAAGGGAGCGGUAAAGUUAGAGUUAAAACCCGGUAGUAAACCGAUCUUCUUGCUCGCGCGCUCAGUUCCAUUUGCAAUGAAAGAAAAAUUAGAAAAAGAAUUAGUAAGGUUAGAGAAAUUGGGGAUAAUUAAGCACGUCGAGAAUAGCGAAUGGGCAACGCCUAUCGUGCCGGUGAUAAAACCGAACGGUGACAUACGUAUGUGCGCAGAUUUUAAACAAACUAUUAAUCAACAAUUGAUUACAGUAAUACACCCUGCACCAAAUUUCGAUCAUGCGAUGGCUCAAUUGCAAGGGGGUGAUAGAUACUCUAAGAUAGAUUUAAAAGAAGCGUACCUACAAAUGCCUGUUGACGAAGAGUCACAACCUUUGUUAACGAUCAAUACACACAAGGGGCUUUUUCAAUAUAAAUACAUGGCUUUCGGUAUAAGCUCGGCUCCUGGAAUUUUUCAAAUGCGUAUGGAACAAAUAUUAAAAGGGAUUCCUCACGUAGCGAUUGUAGUAGACGAUGUGGUAGUUACGGGAAAGGAUUCAAAAGAACAUUUACAAAAUUUAGAGAAGGUUUUAGCGAAACUAGACGAAUGCGGUCUGAAAGUGCGAGUAGACAAAUGUCAAUUCUUUAAACAAGAAAUUACGUAUCUCGGAUACAGAAUUUGUAAAAAUAAAAUAAGCAUUGAUCCAAUGAAAUAUCAAGCUAUAGUUGAAAUGAAAAAGCCAGCAAAUAAAAAAGAACUGCAAUUAUUGUUAGGUUUAGCAGCUUACAUUAGUCACCCGUAUAAGGACGGCGAAAAGCCUAUCGCUUUUGCGUCCAAACGACUGACGAAAGCGCAAGAGGGUUAUUCCCAAAUAGAUCGAGAGGCAGCAGCAAUUAUAUUCGGCAUAACGAGAUUUUACGAUUACGUGUAUGCGAGAGAAUUCAUUCUACGAACGGAUAAUAAACCGCUAGCGAGAAUCCUUGGUCCGGAAAAAG